AUGAGUGAGGUCAGGACUGGCAGAUUCAAAAGGCGACGGAGAGAACUCGAGGAAGAGGAGCCGGUUGCCGAAAAAGAGAGCGUCGGGGAGAAAGUGGAGAAAGUGGAGGAAAAACCGGAGGUGGAAUUGAACGAUCUUGAUGAACUAAGACUAGGAAACAAAGUCAAAAUCAAUGAGGAACCGGCUGAUUUCAGCGAACUGCGAAGGCUGGCACGUCAAGAAUACCUCUCCAAACGAGAAGAGAAAAAAAUCCUGCUUCUUCAGGCCGAGCUGCAGGACUUUGAGCGCGAAAUAGAGCAGAUCGGCUGGGAUCGUCUGACGAGGAAGGAGCAGAAUGAGUACCAGUUCAAAAAGAAGAUUUUCACCAUGAUUCAGGAGCGAUGGGAAAUAGAGCAAAACAUGGAAAACCACUACCUGCUUCCCGAUGAUUAUUUCACCGAGGAUGGAAAGAUAGAUAAGAAACGGAAGCAGGACGCAUUGCAUUCUAAAUACAAUGACAACAAGGUGAUUGACUGGGAGCAGGAGCAGCUCAAAAAGGCUGUGCGAGAUACCCGACCAAAAGAGCAGGAAUACGAGUUUGUGUUUGACGAGUCUCAAGCAGUCGAUUUUGUGAGCUACGAGCAAGAAGACCCCGAACAGAAACAGCUUCGUGAAAUGAUUGCCGAGGAGGAAGAACGCAUCAAAACCAUUGAUGAAACGCGAAAAUCUCUUCCGGUUUACCAGUACAGAGACGAACUGAUAAAAGCUGUUGAGGACCACCAGGUGCUCAUCGUGGUCGGAGAGACCGGUUCUGGUAAAACAACGCAGCUGCCACAAUAUUUGCAUGAGGCAGGCUUCACCAAGGACGGCAAAAAAAUUGGCUGCACACAGCCCCGACGGGUGGCUGCCAUGUCUGUUGCUGCGCGGGUAGCAGAUGAGAUUGGCACGCCUUUGGGUGAGCAGGUUGGAUACACGAUCCGUUUUGAGGACAGGACCAGCGAGCGGACUGUACUCAAGUACAUGACCGACGGUAUGUUGCUGCGAGAGUUCCUGACCGACCCAGAGUUGCUCUCCUAUUCUGUGAUCAUGAUCGACGAGGCACACGAGCGUACGCUGCACACCGACGUGCUCCUGGGACUGCUCAAGGACAUCGUUUCUUACCGGAAGGACUUCAAGCUGUUAAUUUCCUCGGCCACCAUGAAUGCGCAUAAAUUCAGCGAUUUUUUUGACGGCGCUCCCAUUUUCGACAUCCCCGGAAGAAGAUACCCCGUUGACAUAUACUACACGUCUCAGCCAGAAGCAAACUGUCUGCAUGCUGCCAUUACCACCGUCUUCCAGAUCCAUCUGAAACAGGAUCCUGGAGACAUUCUGGUAUUUUUAACGGGCCAGGACGAGAUUGAGAGCAUGGCAGACAAUCUGGCCGAGACGUGUCUCAAGCUUGGCGAUCAGAUUCCGGAAAUGCUAAUCUGUCCAAUAUAUGCAAAUCUGCCCUCAGACCAGCAACGCCGCAUUUUUGAACCGACUCCAGAGGGUGCGCGCAAGGUGGUUUUGGCUACCAAUAUUGCAGAAACAUCGCUGACUAUCGACGGGAUCGUCUACGUUGUGGACACCGGUUUUGUGAAGGAAAACGUCUUUAAUCCAAGCACGGGCAUGGAGAGCCUCGAGGUGCGGCCGUGUUCAAGAGCAUCUGCGGACCAGAGGGCAGGAAGAGCGGGCAGAUUGGGUCCUGGAAAAUGCUACCGUCUAUACACGAAAUGGUCGUACUUGAACGAGCUGGCGGCGAAUCCAACGCCUGAGAUUCUGCGAACAAACCUCGCGAGCGUCGUGCUACUUCUGCUUUCUUUGGGUAUCACAGACCUGCUGAAUUUCGAUUUUCUCGACCCUCCGUCCUCGGACGCUCUGAUCAAAGGGCUGGAACUAAUUUAUGCGCUAGGAGGUCUGAACGAGAACGGUGAGCUCACGCGGAUUGGCCGACGGAUGGCGGAGUUCCCAACUGAGCCGAUGAUGUCGAAGACGCUGCUCACGAGUGGCGAGCUGGGCUGCUGCAACGAAGUGUUAUCGAUCGUCGCGAUGCUGCAGGAGGCAGGUUCUGUUUUCUACAGGCCCCGAGACAGAAAAGAGCAGGCAGACAAGGCGAAGCAGCAGUUCACCAAGACCCUGGGGGGCGAUCAUCUGACGCUGUUGGAGGUGUGGAACCGGUUUGUUGAGAACGGGUACUCUGUGCAGUGGUGUCGGGACAAUUUUGUACAAUACAAGACUCUACAGAGGGUGCGCAACAUUCGGGAGCAGCUGGAGCGUAUGUGUGAGCGGAUGGGGCUUUUGGACGCAAACCAGCCGGUUUUGGACCACGACCGACUGCUUGUGAACGUGCUGAAGAGCAUUGUGGCUGGCUUUUUCGUCAAUGCUGCGCAGCUGAGCCGGUCCGGCGACUCGUACCGGUCGAUGAAAAAGAACCAGGCGGUGUGGAUCCAUCCGUCGUCGGUGCUGUUCGGCGUGAAGCCGCCGCCGAAGCUGGUGAUUUACCACGAGCUUGUGCUGACAAGCAAGGAGUUCAUGAGGACGUGUGUCCCGAUCCACGAAAAAUGGCUCAAGGAGUAUGCGGCACACUAUUAUGGAGAUAAAUAA